CUGGCAACAGUGGCAACAUUGUUGAUUUGUUGCUGGAAUGUAGUGACGUAGUAUGACGUACGACCGUCGACCGGUUUUUCUGCAGAAAGAAAUGUGGAUGUGCAACAAGUGACGCGAGAGAGAGUGUGUGUAAUGUAAUUUUGAAUUUUCAGAGGUGUGGGUCACACGAUAAAUUAAAAUAUUCAAUAUUUUAGUGUACAGAAAUUUAGUUCCUACUGUCUAAUAAUUAGUAAAAUAAUGGCUUCAUCUUCUGUGUAUCAUUACAACAGAAAAAAUGAUGAUAGUAAGUCGACUGACGAUGUCUAUGCUUACCACAUCACGCUUGAACAAACGUCUUCGGAAAGCGAAGUAGAUCCUUCUGAUGCUGAAUCCGUUGAAAGCGUUCAAGCGAACACAACAGUAUCAGCUAAAGACUCGUCGGACAUCAGUACCGAUGAACUAUCCGAUUUACUAAUGAGCGAAUAUGAAGUCGCCAGUUCACCGGAAACUAUUGAGCCAUCGACAUUCGACAAGGAGUUAUUUUCUUCAUCAAGUUCUCCUCGAGAUAUCGAGUUCGUAUUUAGUUGCUCGGAUUCGGAGAGAAGCGACAUAACAGAUGUUAGUGAUUGCAGUGAUAUUUUGGGCGCAUUGGGCGAUAACAAGUAUUAUCACACGUGUGCUCAAUGCUUCUCGUAUAAUGCCAAUCCGGCUUUUCGUUUUUGUGAUUCAUGUUACCAAUUGAGAAAAGAAUCUUACCCUACCAAACCAAAGAGAAAAAGAAAGCGUAAUAAUAAUGCCGAAAAUCCCUCUAAAAAGCAGAAAACAUCUCCUGGAGAUGACGCUCCGGAGGCAGAUUCGAAUGAAGUAAGUGGACCUAGCAGUAUUAUGGAUUCUGGUUUCGAAUCUUUAUCACCCAGCGCGGAAUGGGAAAUAGCCGAGCUCGAGCCUAAAGAGAAGUGUCUAACUUGUCUCGACAGUUGUGUAAAUGGACUUUUUCUUCAUGGUAGAACAGCGCAUAGAUGUUGCUGUUACAAAUGCGCUAAAUUAAUUUGGAGUAAAAGUAGGAAGUGCCCUAUUUGUCGACGAAAAAUUCAUAACGUUAUUUUAUUAUUAAACUGUUGAUUUUUUUGUCUAGCAGUAAUGGCAUAACGAAUUCUAUAAAACUGGUAUACUCAUGUAUCUCAAACCCUUAGUAUCUCUGUAUCUCAUAACGUAAUUAAUUUCAUUUAUGCAACUCUGGGGUAGAGAUGUUUUCCAAAAACUUUACCUUUCCUUUCUUUUUUUUCAUGUGUGUGUGUGUGUGUGUGUGAAAUGUGAAUUAAUGUAUUUAAAGAAAAUUUUAUUAAUUGUGAAUCAUUUUUGUUACUUAUUGUCUUGAGUUACCCAACGUUUUCUCAAUCUUGAUACAGAAGUGUGAUAUUUUAUUUCCAACGUAAUGGUCGCGUAUGAAAGUUAACUCAUACAUGGAAACUUUUUUCUUCCAUGAAGUAAGAAGUUAGUGAUAUUUUAUUUUUAACAUUAGGUACGAUUUAGUUAAAAGACGAUUAGUUCGUAUACUUCGAGACAUUUUUACUUAUAAAAAAGUUUGUGAUAUUUCAAUGUUAGAUUGUCGUACUCGUUUCUAAAAAACAAGUAAUGUUUUUGUUCUUGAGAAAGCAUUUUUUUUUCAACACAAUAAUCAAAAUGUCCAUAACGAAAAUAUUAAAUUAGAAUUUUUAGUUUUAAGCUAUUGAAUUGUCUUCAAAAUGAAUUGAAUUAUAACUGAAGACGUAUUAUAUUCCUUUGGUGUUGUAUUAGAGAAUCAUGUUUUUGUUUCUGUAAUCUUCUUGCUAUUCUUUACUUAAGCUUUUGUUUUAUAUCUAUUUUCACGCCUAUUAUAAAUAUAAUUGUGUUUGUGCCAUGUU